AUGGACGAACAUGACGUGCAGCUACCAAAUCAGUACGACCAUGGACAAAUCGUUAUUGGCCGACUUUUCCAUGGGUCGAAGGAUCGAUUUGAGGCAAAGUUCUCCGAAAUUCCGAAACUGCGGACGAUCAGCGAACAUCCGUCGCUUUCCAGUUCGACGUCGUCAUUGGACAACACACCGUCUCAUGGAGCAAGUCGAGGAAUCAAUGUAGAGCAGGAUCGAACACUUCCGACAGCCGAACUAUCAAUUUCCAAUGUGGAAAGCGCAAGCAAACAGAUGACAACUACGGAAUACAGUUGGGUGCCCGUGCCGGACAAAUCGCUGGUCGAGCGAUAUAUGAAAGCACUUCCCGAAGAGGAACGCCCGAUCGUUGGCUCGGUUGGCGAACAAAACCGCAAAUCCCGUCUGCAGUUCCAG